CCCCUCGCCCGGGCUUGGGGCUUUUUUUGUGGGGAAGGGGCAGGAUGAGCUUGCGGAGUUUCGCUGGAAUUUCUCCUUCCUUUCUGAGGCGCUGCCGCUGCUGAAGCAGAUUUUUCCUUCCUCUCUUUUUUUUUUUUUUGUCUGAUGCAGAAUCCCAGUAGCUAGGCAGCCUCCCUCUUUUCUUUCCUUCCUUCCUUCCUUCCACCCCUUCGCUAUGUAGGAAGGGAGAGGCAUCAAUGGAAAGGCUGAAAUAAGCGUAGAUGGACUUUCGGAUGCAUUUUUUCUUGAAAGAGGAAGAUAAAUCCCGCUUGCCAGUGCACUGACUUUUGUUGCUGUUGCAUCCCUUGGUAAAAAUGGGGUUCACUCACUCCAGCUGAAUCCUUGGAGCAUUCCAGAGAGUUGCUGCAGUGAAGGACUUAUCUUUAUUUUUUGCAUCAGAGGAGCUGCAUUGAUGUUAACCAUUUUUUUGUAAAAUGGAGAACGAGAUCUUCACACCCCUUCUGGAGCAGUUCAUGUCGAGCCCUCUUGUCACCUGGGUGAAGACAUUCGGACCUCUGGCUGGAGGAAAUGGGACCAACCUGGAGGAAUAUGUGGCGCUGGUGGAUGGAGUGUAUCUGAACGAAGUCAUGCUGCAAAUCAAUCCAAAGUCUGCUAAUCAGAGGAUAAACAAAAAAGUAAACAAUGAUGCAUCAUUAAGGAUUCAAAAUUUGUCCAUUUUGGUGAAACAAAUUAAAACUUACUACCAGGAGACUUUGCAGCAGUUGAUCAUGAUGUCUUUGCCAAAUGUGCUAAUAAUUGGCAAAAAUCCUUUUUCUGAGCCAGGUACUGAAGAAGUAAAAAAGCUUCUCCUCCUUUUGCUUGGUUGUGCAGUUCAGUGUCAGAAAAAAGAAGAAUUUAUUGAAAGAAUCCAAAGUCUGGAUUUUGAUACCAGAGCAGCUGUUGCAGCCCAUAUUCAGGAGGUAACUCAUAAUCAGGAAAAUGUGUUUGACCUGCAGUGGAUGGAUGUCAUUGUGCUGACACAAGAGUAUGUUGAGCCUCUCCUGAAAAAUAUGGCAUUGCAUUUAAAAAGACUUAUAGAUGAAAGAGAUGAGCACUCAGAGACCAUCAUCGAGCUGUCGGAGGAGCGGGACUGUCUCCGUUUCCUGCCGCACGCGUCGGCGGCGCAGUCCCCGUGCGGCUCCCCCGGCAUGAAGCGCACCGAGAGCCGGCAGCACCUGAGCGUGGAGCUCGCCGACGCCAAGGCCAAGAUCAGGAGGCUUCGGCAGGAGCUUGAGGAAAAGACUGAGCAGCUGCUUGACUGUAAACAAGAACUGGAACAGAUGGAAUCUGAACUGAAGAGACUUCAGCAAGAGAACAUGAACCUGCUGUCGGACGCCCGCUCUGCCAGGGUGUACCGGGACGAGCUGGACGCGCUCCGGGAAAAGGCGAUCCGUGUGGACAAGCUGGAGAGCGAAGUCAGCCGCUACAAAGAGAGGCUCCAUGACAUUGAGUUCUACAAAGCCAGGGUGGAGGAGUUAAAGGAAGACAAUCAAGUGUUGCUGGAAACCAAGACAAUGUUGGAAGAUCAGUUAGAGGGAACCCGAGCCCGUUCAGACAAACUGCACGAGUUAGAAAAAGAGAAUUUACAACUAAAAGCUAAACUGCAUGAUAUGGAGAUGGAGCGUGAUAUGGACAGAAAGAAAAUUGAGGAGCUCAUGGAGGAAAAUAUGACCCUAGAAAUGGCUCAGAAACAAAGUAUGGAUGAGUCUCUGCAUCUUGGCUGGGAGCUGGAGCAGAUAAACAGGACUACUGAACUUUCUGAAGUGCCCCAGAAAUCCCUGGGCCAUGAGGUGAAUGAGCUGACAUCCAGCAGGUUACUGAAGCUGGAAAUGGAAAACCAAAGUUUGCUGAAGACAGUGGAAGAGCUGCAAAGUGCAGUGGGCUCUGUGGAAGGCAGCAGUUCAAGGAUUCUGAAAAUGGAAAAAGAAAACCAAAGACUUAGCAAGAAGCUUGAAGAGCUGGAGAAUGAAAUUAGCCAAGAGAAACAAAGUCUUCAGAACAGUCAAAAUCAGAGUAAAGAUUUGAUGAAAGAAAAAGCACAGCUUGAAAAGACACUUGAAGCACUUCGAGAGAACUCUGAGCGACAAAUUAAACUCUUAGAACAAGAAAAUGAACACUUGAAUCAAACUGUGGCUUCUCUAAGGCAGCGCUCACAAAUCAGUGCUGAGGCAAGAAUGAAAGAAAUUGAGAAGGAAAAUAAAAUCCUCCAUGAGUCUAUCAAAGAGACCAGCAGUAAGUUAAAUAAGAUGGAAUUUGAAAAAAAACAAGUCAGGAAAGAACUGGAACACUACAAAGAGAAAGGGGAGAGGGCAGAAGAAUUAGAGAACGAGCUGCAUCGUCUGGAGAAGGAAAAUGAGUUAUUACAGAAGAAAAUCACCAACCUAAAAAUCACUUGUGAGAAGAUCGAGGCCUUGGAACAAGAGAACUCUGACCUGGAGACGGAGAACAGAAAGCUGAAAAAAACCUUGGAUAGCCUGAAAAACCUCACUUUUCAAUUAGAAUCCUUAGAAAAGGAGAAUUCCCAACUCGACGAAGAAAAUUUAGAGUUACGGAGGACAAUUGAGUCCUUGAAGUGUACAAGCAUUAAAGUGGCACAGUUACAAUUAGAAAAUAAGGAGCUGGAGAGUGAAAAGGAGCAGCUCAAAAAAAGCCUUGAGCUGAUGAAAGCCUCUUUUAAGAAGACUGAACGCUUGGAAGUCAGUUACCAAGGCCUGGACACGGAAAACCAAAGGCUUCAGAAAGCCCUGGAAAACAGCAAUAAGAAGAUUCAGCAAUUAGAGAGCGAAUUACAAGAUUUAGAGACUGAAAAUCAGACCCUGCAAAAGAACUUGGAAGAGUUAAAAAUCUCUAGUAAGCGCCUGGAGCAGUUGGAAAAGGAGAACAAGUUGUUAGAACAAGAGACUUCUCAACUGGAAAAGGAUAAGAAACAGCUGGAAAAGGAAAAUAAAAGGCUUCGACAGCAAGCAGAAAUUAAAGAUAGUACCUUAGAAGAAAAUAAUGUCAAAAUCAGUAAUCUGGAAAGGGAAAAUAAAUCUUUAUUUAAAGAAAUUGUUGUAUAUAAAGAGUCAUGUCUGCGCCUGAAAGAGCUGGAAAAGGAAAACAAAGAACUGGUGAAAAGAGCUACCAUUGAUAAGAAAACCCUGGUCACUUUGAGAGAGGACUUGGUGAAUGAGAAAUUGAAGACCCAACAGAUGAACAAUGAUCUAGAGAAACUGGCCCACGAGCUUGAAAAAAUUGGCUUGAACAAGGAGCGUCUCCUGCACGAUGAGCAGAGCAGCGAUGACAGUAGGUACAAGCUUUUGGAGUCCAAAUUAGAAUCCACGCUCAAGAAGUCUUUGGAAAUAAAAGAAGAAAAAAUUGCUGCUUUGGAGGCUCGUUUGGAAGAAUCAACAAAUCUAAACCAGCAGCUGCGUCAGGAACUGAAAACAGUAAAGAAGAACUAUGAAGCUCUCAAGCAAAGGCAAGAAGAGGAAAGGAUGGUUCAGAAUUCUCCUCCAAGAAGUGGAGAAGAAAAUCAGUCUGUCAAUAAGUGGGAGAAAGAAAAUCAGGAGACUACUAGAGAAUUAUUGAAAGUUAAAGAUAGAUUAAUCGAAGUGGAGAGGAAUAACGCGACGCUGCAGGCGGAGAAGCAGGCGCUGAAAACGCAGCUCAAGCAGCUGGAGACGCAGAACAACAACCUGCAGGCCCAGAUCCUGGCCCUGCAGAGACAGACUGUGUCCCUGCAGGAGCAAAACACAACUCUGCAAACUCAGAAUGCCAAGCUGCAGGUGGAGAACUCCACGCUCAACUCCCAGAGCACGUCCCUGAUGAACCAGAACGCGCAGCUGCUGAUCCAGCAGUCGGCCCUGGAGAACGAGAACGAGGCGGUGCUGAAGGAGCGCGAGGACCUGAAGGGGCUCUACGAGGCCCUGCUCAAGGACCACGAGCGCCUGGAGCAGCUGCACGAGCGCCAGGCCGCCGAGUACGAGUCGCUCAUCGCCAAGCACGGCAGCCUCAAGUCCGCGCACAAAAACCUGGAGGUGGAGCACAAGGACUUGGAGGACAGGUACAAUCAGUUGCUGAAACAGAAAGUGCAGCUGGAAGAACUGGAGAAGGUUCUCAAGACAGAGCAGGACAAAAUGCUGCAGCAAAGUGAGAAACAUGAAACUGUGGCAGCAGAAUAUAAAAAACUUCGGGAUGAAAAUGAGAGGCUCACUCACACAUACAAUCAGCUCCUGAGGGAGAAUGAAGUGCUCCAAACAGACCACAAGAAUCUGAAAACGUUAUUGAACAAUUCCAAACUGGAACAAACACGGUUGGAAGCUGAGUUUUCCAAACUCAAAGAACAGUACCAGCAAUUGGAUAUUACAUCAACAAAGCUAAAUAAUCAGUGUGAGCUGCUUAGCCAACUUAAAGGAAACCUGGAGGAGGAGAACAGACACCUGCUGGAUCAAAUCCAGACCUUAAUGCUGCAGAACAGGACAUUACUGGAGCAGAACAUGGAAAGCAAGGAUCUCUUUCACGUAGAGCAAAGGCAGUACAUUGACAAACUGAAUGAACUGAGGCGGCAGAAGGAGAAACUGGAGGAGAAGAUAAUGGAUCAGUAUAAAUUUUACGAGCCAUCUCCACCGAGAAGAAGGGGCAACUGGAUCACCCUGAAGAUGAGGAAGCUGAUCAAGUCCAAGAAGGACGGGAACCGCGAGCGCCUCAAGUCGGUGACGCUGACGCCCACGCGCUCCGAGUCCAGCGAGGGAUUCCUGCAGCUGCCCCACCAGGACAGCCAGGACAGCUCCUCCGUGGGCUCCAACUCCCUGGAGGAUGGGCAGACCCUGGGCACCAAAAAGAGUAGUAUGGGUGCACUGAAAAGACUGCCCUUUUUGAGGAACAGACCGAAGGAAAAAGACAAAAUGAAGGCCUUCUACCGUCGCUCCAUGUCCAUGAAUGACCUGGUGCAGUCCAUGGUCCUGGCAGGAGGACAAUGGACAGGUAGUUCUGAGCAUCUGGAGGGUCCUGAUGAUAUAUCCACGGGUAAAAGGAGGAAGGAAUUGGGAGCUAUGGCCUUCUCUACUACAGCUAUCAACUUUGCCACUGUCAACUCCUCCACAGGCUUCAGAUCCAAGCAGUUGCUAAAUAAUAAAGAUACUACAUCCUUUGAAGAUGUAAGUCCACAAGGUAUUAGUGAUGAUUCUAGUACAGGAUCAAGAGUUCAUGGAGUACAGGACUUUAUCUGUGCAGAUGCUCUUGCUCCUCCUGUCCGUGGCAUUCCAGCCCUGUGCAGGGUUCCCUGUCAGAUCUGUUCUUCCAGACCAGCCAGCCUUGAUAGUGGCAGGACAUCCACUAGCAAUAGCAAUAACAAUGCUUCACUCCAUGAAGUCAAAGCAGGUGCAGUGAACAGCCAGAGCAGGCCCCAGAGCCACAGCAGUGGGGAGUUCAGCCUGCUCCACGAGCACGAGGCCUGGUCCAGCAGCAGCAGCAGCCCCAUCCAGUACCUGAAGGGACACACCAGGUCCAGCCCUGUGCUCCAGCACAGGACGCCUGAGGCGCUGGAGAGUCGUGGCAAACAGACCAAAACGGGCUCCCCUGGCAGUGAAGUUGUCACCCUGCAGCAGUUCCUGGAGGAGAGCAACAAGAGUAACUCCAGCGAGAUGAAAUCUGCAAGCGAAGAGAACCUUUUAGAUGAAGUGAUGAGAAGCUUGUCGGAGUCUGCGGAGCUGGCAGGGAGGGAGAAGCUCCGAAAGCAGCCGGCGGCUGGCUGUGGCAUCGUGAGAUCCCUGAGUGUCAGGAACACGGUUGAUUUCUCAGAUGGACGAUCCCUCAAACCAGAACAGCUGGUAAGGCCCAGCCUCCGGAAGAACGAAGAUCUCUACUUCAGUAGCUCUCCAAUCAAAUUCACCCCCGGCGCCCAGGGGAAGGCCCGGUCUGUGAAAGAAAAGAUCCAAGCGACUGUGACCCAGCGACAAUCCAGGGACUGCAACCCCUACGCCACCUUACCUCGUGCCAGCAGCGUCAUUUCCACGGCAGAAGGAACCACCCGAAGGACAAGCAUCCAUGAUUUUUUGUCUAAGGACAGUAGGCCGCCCGUGUCCGUGGAUGCAGCCCCGGCUGACAGGAGCGCUCCGCCCGGCUCCAAUGUGGAAGCUAUCCCAGAAAGCAGAAAUUCAAAAAGCAGGUCUAGGGAGCAACAAAGCUCCUAAUUCUAUUACCCACUACCUGAGCUGUGGGCCAAGUGAGAGAAAAGUGUCCUUCAGUAUCUCAGUGUGAAGCCUUUAUAUCUGAAGUAACAAGACAGCGGCUGUAGGAAUCAUUAAUAAAAAUUAAGGGAAUUUUUUACAUUCUUCGUGACUAGAGCAGGCAAGAAAUAAAAACCUACCUACCUUCCUUCCUUCCUUGAAUCAAGGAGCUCUACUGGAGUCUGCUGCCGAAAAUGUGUAGAUGGUCUUAGGAAUUAUUGCACAUUGCACUGUUAAGAUCUACUGAAUAAAGGACAGUUCUCAUCUCCCUAAGGACCAAGGAUUUUAAGGUCUCAAGAAUUACUCCAGGGAAAAAAAAACAAAACAAAACUUCUUUCAUCUUCUGUUUUUGAAAUUAGCCACUGAUUUGCUUAAGCUUCUGCUAAUAAUUAGCCAAAAACCCCCAAAACUAGCAGUUUCUAUUUACGUCUGUAAAUCUAAAGGAAAUGCUGUAGAGUUUUGUUCAAAUGGACUGUAUAUACAGAUACAAAAACCUCACAGCUACUGGCACUUCACUGCCUUAUUUGGUUAGCAUAAUCUGCAUGAAAUUGCUCUUAAGAAAGUUUAUGCUGAUUUUUGUUGCAUACUGCAAGAGAAAAAUUUGUUUACAUCCAUGGAAAAGCUCGGUAACUAACAGAAGUGGGAGUCAUGGGAUAAUGGUGUUAUAGAGACAUUGUUUGUCCUUUGUGUUUUUCACAUUCCCAAGUUACUCUGCAUAUGUAUGUUCAGAUGUUUCUGACAGGAAACUGUCGGGUAUGGUUUUUCUAUAACUUUUAUUUUAAUAUAAGGCUGUUUUCCACAAAUGCCAUUUCCAGGAUAAGACUGUCUUACAGUGUUUGUGUAUUGACUAAUUUUUUUUUUAUAUUUUUUUUUUUUUACUGUUUGUCUUUUGUCACGAGCUAAUUGUGGCUUAGGAGGUUUCUUGAUGGCAAAAAGAAAUGUAAAUAAUAUCAUAUGCAUUUUACAAUCAGUUCCCUUUAAGGUUAUCUUUUACUAGACACAUUUUGUUCAUUAUUGAUUUAUAUUAAAGUCAACAAAUGUUA